AUGGCGACAGAUUACGACACAUACCAAAACCCCCUCAAUUCCCGCUACUGCUCCCCCGAAAUCAAACACAUCUUCUCCCCCCGCAACCGCUUCACAACCUGGCGCAAGCUCUGGGUCUGGCUUGCCGAAGCGGAAGCCGAACUCGGCCUCGACAUUUCGCCCAAGGCGCUGGAGCAGUUGCGCGCGAACACGCGGAUCGAAGAUGCGGAAUUCGACGUCGCGGCCGUCGAGGAGAAGCGGCGGCGGCACGAUGUGAUGGCGCAUGUGCAUACGUAUGGCUUGGUGGCGCCGGAGGCGGCGGGCAUCAUUCAUUGGGGGGCUACGUCUUGCUACGUGACGGACAACGCGGAUCUCAUCUUCCUCCGCGACGCCCUCAAUACCCUGCUGCCCAAACUCGCCGGCGUCAUCCAGCGUCUCACCAAUUUCGCCCUCGAAUACCGUGAUCUGCCGUGUCUGGGCUACACCCAUGGCCAGCCCGCCCAGCCCAUCACGGUUGGCAAGCGCGCGAGUCUGUGGAUCACCGAUCUGCUCAUGGAUCUGCGCAAUCUGGAGCGCGCUCGCGAUGAUUUACUCACGCAGUUCCGCGGCGUUAAGGGGACCACAGGUAGCCAGGCAAGCUUUCUCGCCAUCUUCAAAGGCGACGAUGCCAAGGUCGACGCGCUCGACGAUCUUGUCACGAAGAAGGCCGGCUUCGCCGCCGCCGAGAUCUCCACCAGCCAGACGUACUCGCGCAAAAUCGAUGUAGACGUCGUGCAUGCCCUUUCUUCCUUCGGCAGCACGUGCGAGCGUGUGGGCGGCGACAUCCGACAUCUGGCCAUGUUCAAGGAGCUCGAGGAGCCGUUUGAAGCGGACCAGAUUGGCUCGAGCGCGAUGGCGUACAAGCGGAAUCCGAUGCGGUCGGAGCGAUUGUGUUCGCUGGGGCGCAAGCUGCGCAACUACAGCGCCGACGUGGAGCAGACGUAUUCCGCGCAGUGGUUGGAGCGGAGCUUGGAUGAUUCGGCGAUUCGGCGGCUUACAUUGCCCGAGUCAUUCCUUUGCGCGGAUGCGUGCUUGAUCCUCCUGAACAACAUCUCCUCUGGGCUUGUGGUCAACAAGGCCAUCGUCAAGAAGCGCAUCGAGGAGGAGCUGCCAUUCAUGGCGACGGAGAAUAUCAUCAUGGCCAUGGUCGAGCGGGGCUACUCUCGCCAGGAAACUCAUGAGGAGAUUCGUGUCCUCUCCCACGAAGCAGGAAAGGUGGUGAAGCAAGAGGGCAAGGCGAACGACCUUCUGGAGCGGAUAGAGAAGCGCGCCUUCUUCCAGCCCAUUCUGCCGGAGCUUGCAGCGCUCAUCGACCCCAAUACUUUCACCGGCAGGUCGGCGAAGCUGGUCGAGAAGCUGGUGCAGCAAAAGGUGCAGCCCGCUUUGGAGAGGUACCGUGACGCGCUGAAGAACAUCGUGGACGCCGAGUUGAAAGUGUAG